AUGAUUCAUCUCCUCCCUCCCCGUUUCAUGAUUCAUCUCUCCCUCCCUUUCAUGAUUCAUCUCCUCCCUCCCCGUUUCAUGAUUCAUCUCCUCCCUCCCCGUUUCAUGAUUCAUCUCCUCCCUCCCCGUUUCAUGAUUCAUCUCUUCCCUCCCCGUUUCAUGAUUCAUCUCCUCCCUCCCCGUUUCAUGAUUCAUCUCCUCCCUCCCCGUUUCAUGAUUCAUCUCCUCCCUCCCCCGUUUCAUGAUUCAUCUCCUCCCUCCCCGUUUCAUGAUUCAUCUCCUCCCUCCCCGUUUCAUGAUUCAUCUCCUCCCUCCCCGUUUCAUGAUUCAUCUCCUCCCUCCCCGUUUCAUGAUUCAUCUCCUCCCUCCCCGUUUCAUGAUUCAUCUCCUCCCUCCCCGUUUCAUGAUUCAUCUCCUCCCUCCCCGUUUCAUGAUUCAUCUCCUCCCUCCCCGUUUCAUGAUUCAUCUCCUCCCUCCCCGUUUCAUGAUUCAUCUCCUCCCUCCCCGUUUCAUGAUUCAUCUCCUCCCUCCCCGUUUCAUGAUUCAUCUCCUCCCUCCCCGUUUCAUGAUUCAUCUCCUCCCUCCUCCCGUUUCAUGAUUCAUCUCCUCCCUCCCCGUUUCAUGAUUCAUCUCCUCCCUCCCCGUUUCAUGAUUCAUCUCCUCCCUCCCCGUUUCAUGAUUCAUCUCCUCCCUCCCCUUUCAUGA